UCAGUGCUUUGGUAUUGGCCUCUUGACACUCCUGGUGGAAGCAUAAAUUUCAUUUUGUUGAUAAACUGGACAGUUCUUAUACUUUACAACUACUUUAAUGCAAUGUUUGUUGGUCCUGGCUAUGUCCCAAUUGGAUGGAAACCGGACAACCCUCAGGAUGCAGUCUAUCUUCAGGACUGCAGAAUCUGUCAAGGUUACAAGGCCCCACGGUCUCAUCAUUGUCGUAAAUGUAACAGAUGUGUCAUGAAGAUGGAUCAUCAUUGUCCAUGGAUCAAUAAUUGUUGUGGUAAUUUGAACCAUGGCUACUUUACCUCAUUCCUGUUGUUAGCACCGUUGGGUUGUAUUCAUGCUUCUGUGAUUUUAAUCAUGACCAUGUACACACAGCUUUAUAACAGGAUAUCAUUUGGUUGGAGUUCAGUAAAGAUUGACAUGAGUCUGCCUCGAAGGGAUACACAAUUCGUUGUUCCUUUUGGAAUUUAUGGAUUUGCAGCCUCACUCUUUGCUUUGGGAUUGGCAAUUGGUACAACAAUAGCUGUCGGCAUGUUAUUUUUCAUUCAGAUGAAAGUGAUCCUCAGAAAUAAAACCACAAUCGAAGUUUGGAUUGAAGAAAAGGCCAAAGACAGAAUCCAGUAUUAUCAAACUGGUGAGGAAUUCAUCUUCCCAUAUGACCUUGGAAGCAAGUGGAAAAACUUCAGACAGGUGUUCACGUGGUCUGGAGUUCCCGAUACAGAUGGAAUUUUCUGGCCUGUUCGUGAAGGCAGCCAUCAGUACUCAUUAACGAUAGAGCAGCUGAAACAGAAAGCUGAUAAAAGAGUGAGAAGCGUCCAGUAUAAAGUGAUUGAAGACUACAGUGGAGCCUGCUGUCCAAUCUCAAAAGGAUACAAAACAUUUUUUUGCACGCCUUAUACUGAAGAACCCAGAAUGCAACUGAAGAAAGGAGAAUUGAUUCUAGUUACAAGGGGUCUCCCGCAUUGGAUGUAUGGCAACAAGAACCUGAAGACAAAAAAUGCCCACGUUGGACAGCAUGAACGAGGUUGGUUCCCAAGAAGAUGUGUGGAAAAAUGCUUGUAUGACACUGCCACAGAAAAACCAACAGAAGAAAAGAAGAUUUUGUAACAGUUCCUUUUGCCUGUGCUUUUGACAGAAUUUGUGAUGAUCUACAGGAUCUAUUUUCCUUAGCUUGAAAGUUUUAAUCUUUUUUCAGAUUUAGUUUAUACUUGACCUGCUUUGGUAAAGCAACAGUUUUCACAAGCAUUUUUUUUAUAACCGAAAGAAUUCCUUUGGAUUCUCAAUGUUUGUGAAACAGCCUAAUUAUGGUAAUCUAGAUUGUCAAAAACAAUAAAUCGUCUUCUGCUUUCA